AUGGCCGCCGUGGCAAGCCCCGCCCUCCGGCUCCGCCCGAGGGCCGCCUCUCCGUCGGCGCCCUCUUCCUCCGCCCCUCCUCGCUGUCGCUUCGGCUCCUUCUCUCACUCCUGUUUCAGGUUUGCGAGGCCAUUUCGAGUUCAGAGAGUCAAUGGAAGUGCGAUGCAGCAUUUAGGUACUAUAAAAGGUCAAGUCUUAAGCAGCAUCAGCGACCAUGAUGGACGACUUCAUAUUAAGAGAACUAUAUGCUUCGCUGCUACCGACAAGCAGGAGCCAGUCGUUUCACUUACCUCAGACAUGCCGGUUUUGCAAGAGACAGAAAGUGGUACUAAAGUUACCCCUGCAUCUGAAAACUCCUACUUCGCUGGCAGAGGUGCUGAUUUUCUUAUACUAUUCUUUACCGAGGCUUUGUUUUAUGGGGGAGUUGCAAUUUUUGUCUUCUUGAUUGAUAAAGUCUGGAGACCUUUGCAGCAAGUGGCACCGAAGAGUUACAUUUGGUCAAAAUCCAGAUUCUUCCGUAUUUCCUCAGUAACAACAAUGGUUCUGAGCUUGAUAAUACCUCUUUUAACAAUGGGCAUGGUAUGGCCCUGGACUGGACCAGCAGCAUCAGCGACUCUUGCCCCUUAUUUGGUUGGACUCGUUGUACAGUUUGCAUUUGAACAGUAUGCACGGCAUCGGAAAUCACCUUCUUGGCCGGUGAUUCCUAUUAUCUUCAAGGUAUACAGGCUUCACCAAUUGAACAGGGCAGCUCAGCUGGUGACGGCACUCACAUUUUCUGUCAGAGGAACAGAGACAACAAAUCAAACUCUGGCUAUCAUGAACUCAUUAGGAGCAUUGCUGACUGUUCUUCAAAUUCUUGGCGUUAUUUGUGUUUGGUCUCUCUCAAGCUUUCUGAUGAGGUCAUGGGACUUCGCUAGGAGGCGAAGGGCUUCGGCGAUGAAAGUAGGCGAAGAGAAAGCGCUUUGUCGAAGGGACAAGACCAGGGCGAAGGGCGCGAUCCAUGUUGAUAGGGAGACACUUCGCAAGGGCUCAAGUGGUCCCCCAGUCUAA